AUGAAAGAUCAAAGCAUUGUCGGCGAGGCUUUGGCAUCUGUUUUGCCUCAGUAUGAUCGCCCUUGGUUCAGGGUGCCCCAUCUUCUGGAACUGAACCUCAUUCUACUCAUUCCACUGCUUUCAUCUGCGGUAGCUGGAUAUGAUGGAUCUCUCAUGAAUGGUCUUCAGUCUAUAACUGAAUGGAAGAACUACUUCGGCAAUCCCGAAGGCUCGGUUCUUGGCGUUGUCAAUGCCGCCCAGUCCAUCGGUAGCGUCAUCUCGCUUCCUUUUGUUGGUAUCAUGUCGGACCGCAUUGGAAGACGCCUCACCCUUCUGUCGGGGGCUAUCGUGAUCGUCAUUGCAUCAAUCAUUCAGGCAGCAUCGGUGAACUAUGGCAUGUUCGUCUUUGCUCGCGUUCUGGUAGGAGUGGGCUCUAUGCUAGUCGUACAGCCAUCGCCUAUGUUGAUCACAGAGCUGGCAUACCCAACGCAUCGAGGCAAGUACACCAGCGCUUUCUGGACCAUGUACUAUCUUGGUGCUAUCUUGGCAUCAUGGGCAUCGUACGGUACUCAGAAACACCUGGGCCUGUCGGACUGGAGCUGGAGAGUUCCCUCUAUCGUACAGGCCGGAUUCCCUCUCGUUCAGAUAGUGCUUUGGUGCUUCGUUCCAGAAUCUCCACGAUGGCUCAUCGCCAAUGGGAAGAAAAAGGAGGCCGAGGAAUUACUCGCUCGAUUCCAUACCGCUGGCGACACAUCACAUCCCCUCAUCCAGUUCGAAAUGACGGAGAUCUCUCAUACCAUCGAAAUGGAAAACCAGGCGGCUAGAACGCAGUGGUCGACUUUGGUGAAAACCCCGGGAAAUCGCAAGCGUACAUUUAUUGCCGUGUGUGUUGGUUCUUUUGCUCAGUGGAAUGGUGUUGCUGUUGUGUCAUAUUACCUCACUCUCGUCCUUGACACAGUCGGCGUUACUGAUUCGGACACGCAAACACUCAUCAACGGUCUUCUUCAGAUUUUCAACUUUAUUGCAGCCGGGAGUGCUGCGUUACUGGUAGACCGACUAGGCCGGCGUACUCUGUUCCUCUGGUCGGCCGUGGGGAUGCUUAUAUCCUUCAUCGUUUGGACUGCUUGCUCAGCCGUAUUCAGCACCACCCAAGCCGAUGGCCUUGGUCGCACGGUAAUUGCUUUUGUAUUCAUCUUCUUCUUCCAUUACGACAUUGCCUAUACGCCUUUGCUGCUAGGCUAUCCCACGGAGAUAUUCCCGUACUCAAUUCGCAGCAAGGGAUUGACCGUCGAAUUGCUUAGCGUUUAUGGUUCCCUCGUUGUGCUUGCCUUUGUGAAUCCCAUUGCCCUUAACAAUAUCGGCUGGCAUUACUACAUCUUUUUCUGUUGUUUCGAUGUCCUCGUUCUGGUCGUAACUUGGUUUGCCUUCCCGGAAACCAAGGGCCAUUCCCUCGAGGAAAUCGCAGAGGUGUUCGAUGGGCCCUCGGUUCUAGUUGGUGGUGCAACUACUGGCAAAGGAGAUGAUGACGUGGUCUGUAAGGGAGAACACGCAGAACACGUUACUUAG